AUGCAUGAACUUGCCAGAAAUAACGUUGUUGUUGAAACGAAUAGUGGUGUUUGUGGACCAAAAGAUUACCUAGCUCUCUUCGAAGGAACACAGAGACCUGUUCAUGUAUCAACCUCUCUUCAUCAUAUUGGAUCAUGCACCGAAGAUGAUUCAGACAUCACUGCAGCAUGCUGUUUUACAAGCAACAACUCGCAACUCACCCAGCAUGACACUUUUUCCAAAAAGCGAACAAGAGGAGUCUAUUCUUCUGUUGGAAAUAUUGCUGUGUCCUAUGUCGAUCCAUUGAACGACACAAAGAAGAGAAAAUACAAUCUGGUGGCUGACUCAACCAACGGCCAUUCUUCCAUGACAACCAACCAGUUGUCGACUCUUUCGACUCCUUCAUCCAUGCAUACCUCUCCGUCCUCAAAUAUGUUAUUAAUACCAUCCUCCUCCUCCUCCUCCUCAGUAACACAGUCAUACCACCAUACCCUACCAAACUCCUCCUCCUCAGGGACAACAUCUUCCCAAGCUUCCAACUCGGUAUCUGAAACCCUUCCAACCCAAACUCCUGCCACUCAAUUUAUUUUUCAACCGUUUGAUUUCAAAGGAGAACGAAAAGUCAUUCGUAGAAGAACCAGUUCAUCCAUCACUAAGGAAGAAAUGCUCUCCGUGUUACAUUUAUCACAACAUCAGGCAUGUCAAGUGCUUGGAUGUAGUUUAUCAACAGUGAAACGACGAUUUUAUGAUUUAAAGAAUGAAAUUGGGAUACACAAGUGGCCUAAAGAUUACUUUGAGUUGAUGGACACUACAUUAUUUGCCAAAAUAUAUCCCUUAUCUUUACAAUUCAUAUUAAACGAAAAGAAUGAAUAA